AUGGAUUGCUGGUCUGCUGAAAAUGCUACCAAUGCUUUUCUCACAACUCUCAAAAUGGGUGAAAGAGGAAAAGCACCUGAUGUAACGGAGUUUAUAUCAGCCAUGGCGGGUGGAAAUAAUUCACAACUCAUGGUGAUGGCAUGCUCCGGUCACCCUGGAUCCGCGCUACUAGGGUUAGUAGCAGCGGCUCAUCAAACGGGUGGCCGGGUAGUGUGUAUAUUACGUAGCAAGGAAGAAAUGCAUGCAAUUAAAGAAACAAUAAUAUUGGGAGACUAUGCAAAAAAUGUUGAAUUUGUGAUUGGUGAUGAUGUUAAAACAUUAUUGGCAAGUAACUAUGAAGGAGCUGAUUUUGUACUUAUUGAUUGCAAAUUGGAGGAUUUUCAACAAGUGUUUGAAGCAGCACAACAAGGUGUUAAUGUUAAAAGUGCAUUUAUUGUAGGGUACAAUGCCCUACAUGAAGGACCUAGGUUAAGUUUUGAUCACAAAGGUUAUUUUCUACCAAUUGGAGAAGGGUUAUUAGUUAGUAAAAUUAAGGUUUCACAAGGUAAAAAUAUUGGGGGUGGAAGGAGGAGUCAUUGGGUUGUUGAAGUUGAUGAAUGCACUGGGGAAGAACAUCUUUACAGGGUCAGCACUUCUCCAAAUACAAAAUAA